UAGGGGAUUUAAGAGUGAGGGGACGUGAUUACUUAACAGACAGACAGGCAGACGUUCAAAAGGAAGACGGGAACACACAAGAAAUUAAAGAGGAGGCCGGACCAGCAGCAGUGGGACAGACAGAAGGACAGUUAGAGCGCAUCUGCCUCUCACAGAAUAUUACCCAGCAUUUGUUCUCAAGUUAGAGGAAGUCAUUGUGAGGCUACUCUUGCGCCUCAGGGCCUUUUUACAUGGACAACCACAGUAGGAACUGAAGAACAGAAGAGUGACAUGCAUUGUAACCACUGAAAUUUGCGUUUUUAGGGAAGCCACAAGUAGGUGGGGUUAUAAAGAAGAAAACAAAGGGUAGUAUAAAGCCCAGAAAUAAAUAACAUGCUUUCAGUUGUUGGGGUAAAUGAGUGUACUGAUAAGGCAUCUUGAGUGGAAUCUGUAGUUGUUUUUUUUUUCUAGUAUUUUUUAGGCAGAUUUCAACUAUUUUACUACUGGUUGCUUUGCUCAUUAAUUGGACACCUUUGCAUCAAAGCUGCAGCGGUCAGAGGUGUAUCUUUUAAAGCUUCUCCAUUUGGCUCGCGGGCGUCUGGGUUGCUGUGACAGGUUACGUCUGACUCUCUCACACACAUACACUUGCGCACAGCUGGAAGAUCAAGAGUUUGCGUUGCACAUACCUGCUCUGAGAGGACUGAGUGUGUGUGGUCUGAAGUGCUCAGCUGGUCUGGGAAACUGAGUCAGAGAAGCUGUAAGUAGUUUCUCCCAGCAGUAAAAAAAAAAAAAAAAAAAAAAAAAAAAAGACAAGUUCAUACGGCUGAGAUCUACUCAGAAACUGCAGAGCCAAGAGAAGAUGAUGACGAUGAAACGGACUCUGUGCAGAAUCUGCUGCUUGGUGACUCUGGUGGUGGAGCUGAGCUGGAUAAACGUGGGCCACAGCAUGCACAGAGAGGGAGGAAGUAGAGUGAUGAAACAGUGGGGGAGGAAGGUGAGGGCCGCCUCCAGCCUGGACGAGCUGCUGCGACUCGCCGACUUUCCAGACUGGAAGCUGUGGAAGUGUCGUCUGAGGCUGCAGCAGCCAGAGACCCAGACUGAGACCCUGUCCCCUCCCCCCUCAGCCGGAUCACACCGUUCUACACGCUACGCCGCUGAGUCCUACAGCCUGGAGAUACUGAAAGCCAUAGAUGAAGAGUGGCAGCGGACACAGUGUAUGCCCAGGGAGACCUGUGUGGAUGUGGCCAAAGAACUGGGCACUGACCCCUCCAUGUUUUUCAAACCUCCUUGUGUGUCCAUCCACAGGUGCAGUGGCUGCUGUAACCAAGAGGGAGUCACCUGUCGAAACACGACGACUGUUUAUGUCAAUAAAACUGUUCUUAGUGUGAUUCCAUUCAACUUUGUGCCUGAACCUGUGCUAAUAAAAAUAGCUAAUCACACUGAGUGCAGGUGCAUGGAGCCAGCUAUAAUACGCCGUAAUGCUCAGCCUCAUAGGAGCAGUAGCUGCUCUCCAAUGGGCCAGCUCUCAGAGGUGCAAGACUCCAGGAGACUUUGUGCCAGUGGGUUGAUUUGGGAUUGCUCAGCAGACAGAUGCAUACACUAUCCCUCCUCCACACCAGAGUUUCCAAUCAAUUCAUGGUUGCCCGACUGUGAGAUAGAUGUGGAGCGCUGUGACUGCCUUCCUAGACCUGAACCAACUUCCCAACCGAGGCCGAUCCAUCGCUGUCACCUCAACUCCUCCAUCUGUACCCAAAAGCACCAACGGUUUGAUCCGACCUCCUGCAGAUGCAAGUAGAAGUCCACUGGGGGUAGAAUAUGACAACCUGCUCAACUGGAGGCAGAGAACAAAGGCUCAUAAUUUAUUUACAGCUCUAUUUAUGCCAACCAAUUUAACUAAUUAAGAUAUUAACUCAUGUGACUAUGUUAAUUGUUUAAACAUGCUUACCUUAUGUUUAAAUCAAAUUGUAAAGAUUAUGAUUUUACAUGUUCUAUGUGCACUGAAUAUGUAGUUUAUAUUAAAAGAUUAUUUUUUAUAAUUUCAACUUCUUGUGUACUUUCCUAUAAUCGUUUCCUUCCCCUCCUAUACCAAGAUAACUUAUCGACAGUACUGAAAGCGUAAUCUUUUUAUUCCUUUUUAAUAACGCCAUCAUUUGCAAAUAUGAUGUUGCAGUUUGUGGUAAAACUGUUAAACUACCAAAGGUUAAAGGUUAACACACUUUAUUAUGUCUGUAGGUGUUAGGUAUUUUGGACAUUAUUGCUGGCCGUAACUAUAAGGGCAAUGUAUGAUGGGAGAA